UUCUGCAGAUUAAAAAUAAUAGACUUAUAAAUGCAAAACUGAUUUUGAAAUCUUGGAAAACAAGAUGGUUCUUCAUCCAUUGGAAUUUUCUGAAUGUUUUCUUGAUUCUCCUUGGUUUCGUCAAAGCAUAAAAGAAUACGAAGAUGAAUUGGAAAGGACAAAUUCACAAAUAAAGUCUUUAAUCAAGGAUGCGAAGGCCAUGUUGCAGGCCUCACGUAAACAAGGAGAAACAAUGCAGGCAUUCAGUGAAAGACUGAAAAAAUUUCAGUUUGAAAUCAUUGGAGAAAACUUGACAGAUACGGAACGUGGAAUUGCUGGCUCUUUGAAAGAGUUUGGAAUGAUGCUUGAGGAAAUAGAGGAGGAAUGGACGAGAACAAUUGAAAGAUCUGAAUUACAGUUGAUACAACCACUUGAAAAGUUUCGAAAGGAACAUAUCCAUGGAUAUAGAGACGCCAAAAAAGGUUUUGACAAAGCUAGUGAAAGAUACUAUAAACAAAUGGAACAGACAUUGGGAUUGUCUCACAAGAAAAAGGAAAAUUUAUUAUCAGAAUCUGACAAUGAACUUGGAAUUCAAAAGAAAAAUUUCCACUCUUCCUCUCUCAACUAUGUUUAUAAAUUGCAAGAAGUUCAGGAACGAAAAAAAUUUGAAUUUGUUGAACAUUUACUCAUGUUCAUGCAGGUUUACUUCAAUUUUUUUCAUCAAACUCACGAAACUGCCUUCGAUUGCAAGGAAUAUAUGAAUGAUAUUCAGAUGAGAUUGGUCAGUACAAGAUCACAAUAUGAUGGAACUCGAAAUAAGACUCAAAGCCUGAUGAGAAAAAUGAUGGAUAAUCCUAACUCAAGCAUGAAAAAUGCUGGUGGAAACUCAUCUCCUCACAGAGUGAUUGGGCAGAGAUGGGCAAGAGCUGGAUAUCUUUUGUUGUUGGAAAAAAAUGCAUUGGGAUCAAGGUUCCCUGGUUCUUCUAAAUGGUCGCGUUACUUCUGUAUGUACACAAAAGAAAACAAAUUGUUUCAAAUGUUACCUCCCUUCAAUCAAUCAUCAUCGUCAAGUUCAAAUGCAUCUACGAGAUCUAUCAAUCACCAUGGUAGUGUUGCAGUUGCAGUCGAUCCACUUAUUGUUUUAUCUUGUGUGCGAAGAAUAACUGAUUCUAUUGACAAAAGAUUUUGUUUUGAUAUCGAAGUUGAGGAUAGCACUGGAAAACAAGCGACUUUAACAUUGCAAGCAACGUCAACCAAUGAUAGAAAGAAAUGGCUUGCUGUUAUGGAUGGAAGAGAACCAAACUAUAUAACUGCUAAGGAAUACAAGAAACCUGAAGAAUUUGACUUGAAUGAAACAAGCAUUAAGUUUGUCAAAGAUGUCAUUGAGGAAAUAGAACGUCGAGGUGUCAAUGCAGAAGGAAUAUAUAGACUUGUCGGAGUCUCAUCGAAAGUCGAUAGACUUUUACAGAUAGUCAUGGAUCCCCAGUCUUACGGAGAUCUUAAUUACAAAGAUGAAAUUGAAUGGGAAUUGAAUACUUUAACAAGUGCAUUGAAAAGCUUUUUCCGCAAUUUACCCGAGCCUAUUAUGACGUUCAAUCUGCAUGAAGAGUUUAUUGCUGCAGCUAAACAUGAAGAUCCAGAUGAACGACUGAAUAGAGUGAUUAGCCUGGUUGCAAAGUUAUCUUCAGACAGCCAACAUAUACUUGAAAUGCUGAUCAGACAUUUGCAGAAAGUUGCUGCAAGAUGGGAAGAAAGUAAAAUGACAGUACAGAAUAUUGGAGUGUGCUUCGGUCCAACAUUGAUGAGACCUAAACAGGAAACUGUCCAAUCCAUCAUGGAAAUCAAGUUCAAUAAUAUCAUUGUUGAAAUACUGAUAGAAAACUAUGCUGCCAUAUUUGGCAGAAGUAGCAACGAUCAAACAACCAAAGAAAGAAGACUAGCUAGUCCAAAGCCAACAGUGGAUAGUAGGCCUUCUAUGAGACUGGGUCGUCGACCAAGACAAAGGACUGUGGUGAAGGCGACGAUUAUUGAUGGUGAUUUAUUACAUCCUACAUCACAGCAGGAUCCAAACACCAAGUUUCAACGAGGUCAUGCAAUUCGAGGUGUUCCUGGUAGACCACUGAGUCCACGUUCACAAAGAAGGAUUGCUGGUACUAAAGUUUCUGAUAAUGAAGAUGGAAGUUUGUCAUCAUCAGACAACAACACAGAUGAAUUUGGAAGAAUCUCACCGCUUGAUCUUAAUCUAGACAUGGACCAUUUUUCCAUAAAUAGAUCAUCUUCUCCAAGUAACUCAAAUCAAACACAUUUACUGAGUAAUGCUUCUGAGGAAGAACGUACAACCAAAGAAGAAUGGAAAAUUGACAGAAAAGCACCACAAAGAACCACAAGUUCUCGGGGAGCUCAGAAGACAAUGGGAAGUGUAGGAUCUCACUUAUUAAAUGAACAUUCUAAUAAAAAUCCAACGUAUAAUUAUAAUCAAAACAAUGCCAACCGUUCCAAUUCCGCCUUGCCUGACUCAACAUCUGUACAAAAAAGAAAACAACAGCUUCUCAUUCAAACUGUUAGGAAAAUGCAUCCACCACCCAUUGCCCCGAAAAAUGUUGUUUUACGAAGACCCCCUCCAAUUCAAGGAAGUCAUUCUGUCGACCAUGAGAAGAAUCACAAUAAUGUUAGUCAGCGGCCAUCUUCUAUAGACUUCGAAAAAUUGUUGGAAAAAUUUUCAUCUCCUAAUGAUAAAAAGACAGUUACAGCCAGUAAUGCUAUUUCCUCAAAACCAGACUCAGCUGAUGAUCGUGAUAUGUCCUUCUUAUGGCCAAAACCCGGCAGCCUUAAGAGCAACAGCUACGUGGAAGCUUCCAUGCAGUCAGAGUCGAGGCCUCGCUCCACUGUUGUUUCUUCAAGAGAUGAACUGAUAAAGACAUCAAACGCAAGCAGUCCCACCUCGCCUUCUAAUUCAGGAAUUUCGAAGGUUGAUAUACCUGCGUCACCCACUGCUGUCCCCAAAAGACCACGAACUUUCAUUACCUUAUAUGCUUGUGAAGCGGAGCAUGAGAGCGAAUUAUCAUUUGUACCUGAUCAGGUACUUUACGAUGUUAAGGAAUCGGAUGAGCCCGGCUGGUUGAUUGGUACUUUAGAUGGAGUCAAAGGACUAAUACCGGAAAAUUAUGUUCGUGAGAGAAUAGUUUUGUAAGGGAUUCAGCUAAAACUGUACAAAUAAAUAUAUGCUAAAUCAAGUGCUUUAUACAAUUUUCAGAAAUUCAGACAAUCCAAAUUUCAAUAAUCAUAAAAAAUAUACCUUUAUUCCAUAUUUGCCUUUUUAGGUUAAAGUGCCUUAGUCAAGCCAAAUGUUUUUGUUUGAAAUGUUUUAUUAAUUCAAUAUAAGCCAUUUUUGUAAAUUUUAUUGAUUAGUUGCAUUCUUUACCUGGAAUAGAAUAGUCUCAAUGUCAGCAAUAUUGACUUUGUUCCAUUUAAGAUAUUUUUAUCAAAUUGAUCUAUGUAUCACAUUGAAAUUAGUAGAUAACGCAGGCUUUUUCAAUCUGCAUCUCAAAUUUUACAUAAAAACAGGUUGAACUUGCAAAGAUUUUCAUGGGUUAACAAAGAUGCAAGUUUAUUUCAAAAAAUUUUCUUCUGUUUUUUAUGGCAAACUUGCUACUAAUUUUUAGAUAUACCUGUUCACAUGACAGUUGUUGUAACAUUCAAAUCACGAUUGCUUCGAAUUUCUUUAACGUUUAUUAGUUCGAAGUCUCUUGAUUCAAGCAAAGCCACCAAUUUUACAUCAAACUCAGCCCUUUCUGUUUGAAGAUUAUUAACCUGUUCAAAACUAUAUUACACAUAAGCCAUCCAGUGUCAAGAACAGUUUUCGCUGUAUCUUACAGAAACUAUAUUUAGAAGUUUGAAUUUUUUAUCAUUGGCAGAGCACCAUGUUUUCUUUACAAUUUCUUCACUUUUAUAUGCUAAAUUGAUAUAUUAUAUUUGUUACUGUCUCUUAUGAUUGCAAUCUGACCAUUUCAGGUUUACGCAGUGUUACUGAGUGUAAUAGAAUGCAGUUUGAUGAUGGUUGAGAAAAAUAAAGUGUAAUGUUUGCUUUUAUUCUAGUUUUCUCUUUAUUUGGUUUCAAGAUAAGUUCGACUUUUAUGUACUGUUAUCUACCGUACUUCUGUCUGAGGGAUUCCAAUGUUGCUUGCAUCUCACGGACCUGUGAUACUGAAUGAAGGAACUUUUGGUUAUUUUUUUUUUCUGUAUUGAACUAAGUUACUUUCAUCAAUAUUUUUGAACAAAUACCUUUAAUUUGAAAUAUUCGAUGUUUUCUGACGUCAUAAUUUCUUCUGUAGUCUACUUGAAAAUUUACUCAAAACCAAAAGCGGUGUCUAAUUAUAUUUUCAAUUAAUCUAAAAUUGCAUCCUUUUAUAAAGAGUGCAUUUGUAAACUUAAGCGUUAAACAGAAAAAGUACUUGUUUAUAUGCAGUCUCAAUUUUCUAAUCAUAUUUGUAUGAUAUAAUUGUUUCUUAUAUUUUAUCAACAUUAGUCAUUAAAACCUUACUAAUCAAUUCCAUAUAUACUUGUAUGUCAUUAUUUUUACUGACUUUGUAAUAUUUUUAAAUGUACGAAUAUCGCCAUAGGGUGAAAAAUGGGAAAAGCAUUAAAAUGGGGAAUUUGUCGGUUCAUUAUCUAAUAUAACUCCUUUCCAAUCUUCGUUUGUUAGUGUUGUUCUGGCAUCCCAUACUUCUGCUGUUAAUUAACCGAGUUUCAGAAUUUACCCUACAGCUGACAGUCAGCCGAGUAAUGGUAAGGUUGCACGUUUCAUUGUAACUUUUCCGGAGACCCAACUUUAUAGCAGUAAGAGCCGCUUGCAAAAUUUGCUUCUAGUAGCUCAUAACUACGUCUAUUUGUAUCAUUAUUAUGCUUCCAUGUUUUAUACUUUUUAUUUUUCUAUAUAUUCAGGAUUCUAUCUGAUUAGAUUCAUGUUAUAAAAAACGAUCAUACUAAAAAUAAAAUUACGUGAUUGAAGUA